AUGGAAGGUGGAAAAUAUCAUAUAAUGAUGUUUCCAUGGCUGGCAUUUGGCCACAUGAUACCCUUUCUUGAGUUAUCAAAGAGAUUAGCAGCAAAAGGUAUCUUUGUUUCAUAUGUUUCCACCCCAAGAAACCUGCAGAGGUUACCUCCAAUAGCGUUGAAUUUGGAGGGCAAAGUAAAGCUUGUGGAGAUACCAAUGCCACAAGUGGAUGGCUUACCGGAGAAUUGUGAGGCGACGGUUGAUAUUCAGCUAGAGCAAAUACCGUACUUGAAGAAAGCAUACGACAGAUUGGCUGAACCAUUUGAACGUCUCCUGCAGACGGUGAGGCCGGAUUUGAUACUCAUCGACUUUGCUCCAUAUUGGAUCCUGGAGAUCGCUGCUAAAUUCGGCAUUCGCACUGCAUUUUUUAGUGUGUAUACAGCUGCUACAUUAGCUUACCUGGGGCCACCAGCAGAGCUCAAGUCUGGAAAACGACGUCCAACUCCAGAACACUUCACACGGCCACCAGAUUGGAUCCCAUUUCCUUCACUUAUAGCCCACAGGCCAGAUUAUGCACCAAGAAUGAUGCGUAACACACACUUUCCUGAUGCAUCGGGCAUGUCCAGCGGUCAACGUGCCGCCAAGAUCCUGGAAGAGUGCAGCUUUGUUGUGGUGAGAAGCUCUGAAGCAGUUGAGGGGGAAUAUAUAGGCCUCAUUCAAGAACUAUACAAAAGGCCGGUUUUACCAAUUGGCGUGCUUGCGCCAGUACCUGAAGAGAACAAGAACAACACAGCAAUUAAUUCAAGCUGGUCCCAUACUCACCAAUGGUUGGAAGGACAAAAGCCCAAGUCAGUACUGUUUGUGGGGUUUGGGAGUGAGUACAAAAUGCCUGUUGAGCAAAUACAUGAAUUGGCAUAUUCACUUGAGCUUUCUAGAUUACCUUUUCUGUGGAUUCUAAGGAAACCUCAAGGGAGUUGUUCUUCUUGGUUGGGCACCGCAAUUAGAAAUCCUUGCUCAUCCUGCAAUUGGAGGAUGUCUCUUCCACUCUGGCUGGGGUACGAUUAUUGA